GAACCUGCAUGACAGGUGUGCUUACGCGAACUACGCAAAAAGCACAUUUAUCGCUUGACAUUCUCGCGUGAUUACAAGAAAAUAUCUGUGUGCCUUUAUAGUUGAAAAUGAGACUGUUUCGAACACGAAACUCCUUUCCAAGCGGAUAUUAUAACGUUGAAAAAAAAUGUGAAAUGGAAGAAAGGUUAACCUCCUCGAGUACAAUGAUCAUCUUCGAAACGCUAGGAUUAAUAUUCAUUGGAAAGUACCUACAGUGCUACCUAUGGCAAAAUGUUGGAACUACUACUACGAACAGCUUGAGCGUUUCACCGUAGAUAGCGCUGCGCAUAACAAUCAUUCACUACGUCACCGAAGGAGUAAGCAAAAAAUGUUAACAGACACCUAGAGUCCCGGUGUCUUUACCGAUUCCCUUAGUUGAUGUCUUCACGAUAUGGAUACCAGCACGUGCUCUUUCGCUGGUCAAACCACCACUCAAGUAGGCGUGCAAAGGAAGUUUUACCAGUGGGUACUGAGAUGGAUAAACGGACUGCAAACGGACGAGUCGAACGACGAAUUGCGUCACGAUUUACCGAUUCUCGCCGGGUUCUUCCAAGCGAUCGGCUACAAGCUUCACUCGUUCGAGAAACGUAACACCGAGGAAGCUAAUGAAUCGAACGCCUCAGCAUCUCGGCCAGGAAUCCUGAAGGUCACCAUCGAGUGCGGCUCCUCGAAAAUGAGAGCGAUCCUAGAGUCAAGGGAUGUCCCGUGUCGAUGUCCUAAUCCUGAUCAUGUCCAGGACGCGUCCUUCUGGAGCAUUAGCGGCACCGGGCCUGUAGGAAGCACAGACAAUAUUCCGCGCAAAGUUGAAGAAACUGGUAGCAAUCUGUUGCCCCGUUUGUCGAAAGAAGUUACGCGAGUUCUGCGGGACGUGUCGCAGAGACUGUUCGACACGAUCGCCGGUGAACCAGAUAUGAACCGUAACACAGAUGUAAGUUUGAACAUCUCGUGUUCGAGUAACGAGGUGAAGGUUCCGGCUGAGAGUGUCAAAAGGGAGAUGGGCGUCACUCGAAGCCACACCCAACCGGAAAUCUGUUUACGCGCGAAUAGCUGGAACACGAAGCCGUCCUCUGAGAGCAACGAGAAAGAUCACACGCAAACGUCUGUAAGUCGGAACGCAACUCCGUCGCGUGUGAACAAGUUCGCGUUGCAACGUCAGAAGACGUGGGACAUCGACAUCGAAAGCGGAAGUCUGGAGGGAGAGCCCAGACCGUCGCCACCGAAGCUAACGAGCUCUCCUACUAUAUUCGAUGAACUCUCUAGUUCAUUAGGACAGAUUUCUUUGCAAGGGGAGGAGACUUCGAAGGGCUUAACGGAAUACAUAACGGAGGCUAAACGCUACUUAGAAAAAGCACUUAAGGUGUUAAACGAGAAAUCAGUUAGUUCGGAUGACGCGUGUCAUACGCAAGAUGACUGUACAUCCGUUAAGUCAGCGCCGGCUAACAUGUUACCUACAAUAGUUGUAAGUUCAUUGAAACGGUCGAGGACGAUUACUGGCAUCAAACCGUCAGCGAGGUUGGAGCAAAACAAGACGCAAGCAUUGGUGAAACCAGCUUCAGGAAAUGCACCGCGAAUGCUGAACGCACGACGCAGUAUGGAUACAAUGAAUUCUCAUUCUUCAACGAGGAAGAGCACACCGGUUGAACAAGGAAGUAUAAAACCGUCGGUUCGCCGGAAUAGUUUUUAUAUUCCUUCGUCUAAAUCUAUUCUUUCGCUGCCUGCGAAAUCUACAGAGGUUGGACAAAAAUUGUUGACCACUGGAAAACCUGGUGUAGGAACGAAGACGACUGUAUCGCCUGAAUCACGAAUCAGUACACCUAAGAAAAAAGAAGCACUUAAUACGUUGGUUGGACGUACAUCAAUGAUUAAGCCACCCACAAAAAUCUCGAAAGCGAUACCCGUUAAAAUAAAACCGGUUGAACCAUCAAAAUUGAGCACUGGAAUUGCUAAAAAUUCGAGAAGUAGUUUGUCGAAAGAAUGAGUCAUUUUAUUUAAACUACAAGUAAUAAUUUUUAUAUUCUAUUUAAGUAAUUUUAAAUGAAGCGUCGUACAAAUACUUGAGUGGUAAGAUAUAGCUAUAUAUUUAAAUCAAUAUACACGUUAUUAAAGUUAUCAUGUAAACAUUAUUAUGAUUAAUCACUGGAUGUUUAAGAAAGUAUAGAUUUUUAGAGAUUACUUUAAAGAAAUUACUCAUCGAGCUUGGUUAAAUUUUUAACUGUACUGAACUUUAACAUAUUUGAAAUAAACUUUGUAUACAUAAUAUUGGCCGGACACAGUAAUCUAAAUGUUUUUAUUAUUCCAUCGUGGGUCACACUUUGAUUGGCUAGUCAAGUGUCACGUUUGACGGUUUCUUAGAAACAGUGGUGUAUCAUGCUUUAGUCUAAUAAUAAUAUUGAAAGGAGUGUAAAUAGUAGUAAGCAUUACAAUAUAAAUUAAGGAAGACGUUAUAAUAGUGGAUAAAUUAAUUGGUGUUAAUUAUCAAAGGAUUCACGUGGCUUGAAUAAAAACAAUACGCGUUUUGAGUGUCAAUAUUGAUGUGUUAAGCAAUGUUAAUCUAAUGUUAAAUAAAACUGCCUGUCUCCUGA